AUGUUUGGGAGAACCGGCCUUCAGCCGGCUCCUAAUGUUCCCAAUCCACGUAAUGCCGGUCGAAAGAAAAGCAAUCCAGUUUGGGAAUUUUUUACUGAUUUGCGAGGUCAUGGAUUGGCUGGGGUACGAUGUCGUUUUUGUCAUUGGGUUACCAACGAUCGGAGUCCGACUACUAUGAAAUUUCAUUUAAAACGAAAACAUGAUACAGGACCUGGUGGCUUAUGGGCAAUUUGCGAAGAAAAAAUAAAUUCUCAGGCUCCCGCCAACUAUGCUCCUCGUACAAAAAAGGGCGAUGAUGUUUUAUUAAAAGCUUUGACGCAGACUCGUCCAUUUAACAGCUUUAACCCAUUUGGAACGGGAGAAGUAUUGGGAACAGAUUUGAAAAAUUUCGCUCUUACCGCCCAGGACGACUUCCUCACAAACUUGAUCCAGCAGGCAACUAGUAUGUCAGCUUCGCCUGGAGAGUGUCAAGAAAACGAAAGUGGACUAUCUCUCUCAGACGCUUUAUUUCUUAACAAACUGAACGAAAGUACUAUGACUGGUCCUGAUAGUUCUGAUCAGAUAUCUAACGGAGCUUCGAAAGAAGAGGAUGGUAGUUCAUCCUCUGUUAGUGGAAUGAUCUCUAAUCCAACAGACUUUCAUUUAAGCGAUGGCAAUAGUGUGACGACUCUGUUACAGAUAGCUUCAGAUAAUGAUAUGGCGUUUUCAUUCAAUUCACGUAGACGAGCUGAAUAUUGCUUUUCAUCCAAUCAACGAUCGCUUCCGAAAUUUCAGGGUCGGUCAGUUGUUUUUGCCGAUGUUGGCACUGAAAUUCGGGUAGCACAGAAGGUGGGCGAUGAUGAGAUAAACGUAGAGCAUUGGAGGAAAAGUGAUUGGGCGCAGUUCUGCUGGGCAGUACGAGGAGCUUGCUUGCACUUUUUAAAGAAUUGA